UUAGUCACCCAAGGGCAUUGUACUUCCCCAAAAAACAUUUCUAACAUGUUCAUCUAAUUCUUGAGUGACGACAAGAUAUCAUUUUGUUUUCAAAAGUUAUUUCUCAAUUGAUGUAGUGAUACCAGUUAAAUCAGAAUUUGUUGACGAAAUGAAGCUAUAUUAUAGAUUCUUUUGCACAUUCUGUGCUUUACUUCUAUGCACAUCAUUCACAAUGUGGAUAUACCAUAAGGAAGUAUUGAAGUCAAGAACUGUGGUAACGAAAUUAAACAACCCAUUGAGCGUUGGAAAAGAAUUUGCUACAAUUCAGAAACAAGAUUUCUGCAAUGGAAAUUUUGUUGGAUUUGAACAUAAAUGGGCGCUGUUAACAAAUGUUGUGGUACUUCCUGACAGAGGUUAUGGCCGCUCUGGUGGAGAAGAUAUUUCUGAGGUAUUAAAUCAAAGCGAGGAUGACGAGUAUUAUAAGCUUCAAAAGGGAUAUUUUACAUUAAAGUGCCUUACUGGAUCAAUAAAUUAUCAAUUCAAUAAAGUAAGUCAUUUACAUAAAUGGUUGAACGCGAUGGAUUUAAUAGAAUCUUCGUAUGGGAGUGAAAGAUAUGCGGAGCUCUGCACGAUUGUUGUUCAAAGAUAUGAAUAUGCAAACUUGUAUCACACUAUGACUGACUUUUAUAAUGUCUUCCUUUUGCUUGAAAUGUUUAAUAUUAAAUCAGAACAUGUAAGAAUUCUGCUAUUGGAUGGUCACCCUCAUGGUGCCUUGGAUACAACAUGGGGCAAACUAUAUAACGGAUAUAUUCGAGCCAGUGAUAUUAAACAACCUACACUAUUUCCGUGUAUGAUGUGGGCUACGGUUGGAUACGAUAGUCCAUUAAAUCAACAUCAAGUGACCCACGUUCCUAAAUUAGAGGAAUUCAGAAGGUUUUUCCUUCGACAACACGGACUAGCAAUAAACGACAGGAUCAAUUGUAAUAAUUUGACUGUUUUAUUUCUGUGGCGUCGAGAUUAUUUGGCACAUCCAAGAAAUCCUUCAGGAACAGUAUCAAGAAAAAUAAGGAAUGAAGAAGAACUAAUUGCAGCCGCGAAACAACAUUUCAGUAAACACACAAUACUGGAUGUUCAACUAGAUCUUCUUGAUAUGACAGAUCAAUUGAUAAUGGUGUCACAAACAGAUAUUCUGAUUGGAAUGCACGGCGCAGGUCUGUCCCACACCCUAUUUCUACCCCAACACGCCGGGCUAAUAGAGCUAUAUCCUACCUACUGGUCACAGUCCAAUGUACAUUUCAAGUCUAUGGCUAGAUGGCGUAGCUUACACUAUCUUAGUUGGCAAAAUAUGGACUCGACGAAAGAACUUGAAAAUAAAUAUACCAUUGUUGACGUGAACAGUGUGAAAACUCUUUUAGAUGAUAUGGCGCAUAAACUAUGUUGA